ACCCAAAGUACAUGAAGAAGAUACGGUCAUUUUAAAUGGAUUUUUUACUUCAACCAUAGGUUGAGGAUCUGCUUUCGGCGUUUGAAAAUGGUCUUGCAUCAUGGCCGCUUCAAGUUGUAAAAUUCCAAGCCGUCUUAUAAACCAGAAAAGAAAACUAAAGCCAAUAAAAACCAUCAAAGCAGCACACACUGUUAAUGCGUCCGCCAUCUUUAAAAUAUUUGUCAGUCACGAUUACGAAUUUAAUUUUUAAAGAAGGUUUAAAUAACAUCACUCGAGAGCUGCCAAGUUCCGUAUUUUAGAGAAUUUUAAUUUUUAAUAAUUUUAAAGAUGGAAUACAUCGUAUUAGUUUUACUACAUUUCAGCUUAUUUUAAUAAUGGAUAUCUAUUUUUUAAAUAUUUUCUAGCUUGUCAGCUUCUUUAAGAAAUUAUUUCAUAUUUUUCAUUGUUCCUCGCCCGAUGUUAUCCAAAAUUAGUUUUGGCGGGAAAUGCCGCCAUGUUGGGUAUUUAAAAUUUAAAGGUUUUCGAAAAUUGUAUUGCUUCUUUUGCUUUUUUGGCUUAUUCCUUGCAUGCAGAACGAAGCUUUGUUUUCUAUUUGUCCUUUGCUGUUGCCACAAGACAAAAAUGGAUUGACAUAUGAUGGAUUUAUUGAAAUAAAUGUAAGUGCAAGUUUUAAUACCACGAUGAUAUAUUAAAUUGGUAGACCGGCCCUUAAUUUGCUUUGUACAGCCCGUGCCUUUUCCUGGCAAGCAAAACAGCAAAGGUUUUGAAUGCUCCCAAAAGAGGAAUCACAAUGGAGAAUAAAAUGUACUGUGUAAUGGAUUUGCUUGCCCAAAAAUGUAAACAAGGUUAAUUAAUGGUCAAGCUAGAGUCUAUGGGGCAAGAUUUUCUAUUUGAAAAUUUAAUAUUUAUAGUAAAUAUAUUUUUAAACUGGAUAAUUUAGGAACAGACGUUCAGAGUGUCAAUAGUACAGCCAAAUGUAGGGUCAUUAAAGGAUGCCAGGUAUGUAUAUCAAUGUGAUGUUAUAUUCACAAUUAUCAAUAACACAUCCAAUCUCGUAGGCAUUGGCUCUGGGGGAAUUGACAACCAGAACCCCUAAAUGUAGGGGUUCCGGUUCUUUGUCGGCAUGCACGUUUGAAAAACAUUAAACCAAUCACAGCACAGGAAAAAUUCAAUUUCCCCAGAGCCAAUGCCAUCCUAGCCCGCGCACAGGCAUUGCUCUGGGUACGAGAUUGUAACACAUCCUGUGAACAUUUGUUAUAACCCACGUCCCUCCCCCAACGUAUAACCCCCCAAUUUUUAAACUCACCUCCCCUCCCCCAAUGUAUAACCCCCUCCCCUCCCCCAAUGUAUGUAACCCCUUCUCCCAAUGUAUUACGUCCCCUCUCCUCCAAUGUAUAAACCCCUCCCCCAACAUAUAACCCCCCUCCCAAAUGUAUAACCCUUUCUUUCCCCUAUAAAUUAUUAAUCAUAAAUUUUCUUUUCCAUAUACAGUAUAAGUUGUAGCUGGAGAUUAUGGAAUAUAUUGCAUCAUUAUCAAGAUGUUAUUAAACAGGUGAGCCAGAAAUUGCAAUCUGUUAAUAUUUUAAUAUAUUUUAUUUGCUUUAUUUAUCAUUUUAUAGAGAUUGCACCAGAGUGAAAAUCUUGCUUCAUUUCUUGUGGAAUUCAAAAAUCUAGUGGUAUGUAUCAAUCCCAAUCCAACAUUACCCAACACAUUGUUCAAGCGAAUUAAGUCAAUAUGUUCAUUUGAACUGGCCUUUAGUCAAUUAUUCAAUAGUAGCAGUAGGUUGUUAUUACAGAUUAAGCUGCAUAAGAUUUUGUUAUUGUAUUUAAUUAACAGGAGAAGUUAGUAAAAUGUAAGCAGGAUGAUACUGGACAGCUAUCAUUGCCUCUGGACACAUAUUCCUUGUUAAUCAGUGAACUAGAGCACAUUGGUUGGCACAAGUAGGUGAUGUAGUUCUAAUCUUUGAUGUGAGUUUGUGUUAUCGAAUUUUAAUCUUCAUAUUUUAUUUUAUUUUAGGCUUGCGUAUACCAAUGAGUCAUUCAACAUAAUUAAACUGAAGAUGAGGUAAUUUUAUUUCUUUGUAUAACAGAAUUAUGCAUUGAUUUAAUGUACGAGUCAAAUCCAACCGCGAGCAGGCCCCCCCUGGGCAACCUCCGGGGAAUUUGACUUUUGAAAAAAUAAUUGGUCAAAUGCCCGCCCGAACAGGCAGAAACCACGGUCAAAUGCCCUGCUAUAGGUGUAGUCCUGGUUCUGGAAUUUUGGCUAAAAUUAAAUUUAACAAGUAUUUCAAGAUUAAAAAGAACGAAAAAUAGGCCAGACAGUUCUUAUUUUGUUCAACCGGGCAUAUUAUAUCAUAUAUCUAUGAUUGAUAUUUGUGACGCAAAAUAGAAAACUCAUGAAGCACUAGAAUGUACAUAUAUUUUUAGGGAAAACCGCUGAUACGGGGGUAAUGUUAAGUCAAAUGCCCUGGGGUUGCUGGGGGGGGGGGGCUGAUUGCGGUUGGAUUUGACUCGUACAUAAUAACAUCAAACUACCUAAAAAAUAUAACAAGAACUUUGAUGUUUCAAGCAAAGAUUAUAUAUUGCACCACUAACUACACACUGAAAUGCCACACCCAAGUUUAAAAAUGUUAAUUUUUAAAUUAUAUUUACUUUUCUGUGUACCGUAUUGUUUGAAUUAUGUCAGAGAUGCAAGGGAUCGUGAACAUAUUGUUACAGUUCAUGUUUCAGCUGAGGUACUGGUGCUCAGUUGUCUUUUUCUUUCAUUAAAUAAUUCAACUUCUGUAAUUACUCUGUAAAGUUUUCAUAUCCAGCAUGCUUGACAUUUUCUAGCAUUAUAAACUUUAUUCCACUUUAAUUGCUUAUUAAACCAUGUUCAUAAAUCUGAUAUUUAACCGUGAUCUUUGUAUGUAUAUUGAUACAGUAUCCAGACAUUCUGCCCAAAUGUUCAGCUGAUGUCCCUGAGCCAUUUCAUUUUAAAGGCUCAAAGAUAACAGAGGUGAGUUUAGUUGGUUUAAUGAGUAAAAUUGUCUGGUGUUAGACAGUAUAACGAUAAAGUAGCACACACAAGGAUGCAAUGCAAGUCUUUGAGUUAAAGAUUAAAAUUAAUUUAUAGGGUCGAUUGCUGGAAUGCAUUUAUAAUGAAUUUUGUGAGGUAAAGAAAUCAAGUUAAUUAAACAAAUAACUCUCAUUGAAUUAAAACAAAUUUGCUUUUUAUUUAUAAUUUUGAAAGAUAUUUAAUAAUUUUGAUCCAUUAGAUUAUUUCGUCGCAUGAAUUAUUUUGGAAUGUGAUGGAUGAAAUAGACCAGAACUGCUGGAUUCUUGAACCAGAACAUCCCACUAGAGCUGAUGCCUCAAGACGAGUUGCUUUAGGUGAGGAUUUUGCAUACACCAUUAUGUUAAGGUUGGUUAUAUAUGUACUGCAUAGCUUGAAAAUUGAGAUGGAUAAGGAUUUCAACUACCUGAAAAUACCAGUAAAACUUUGACGUUUUGAGUGAAGUCCCUUAGUCGGGAAGUUAUAGUGAAGUUCGAGUUUAUAUCACUGUAAGCUACAUAUUAAGGCCUGUUUAAACGGAUCCAACAUUGUUGGACCAACAUCAUCCAACAAUGUUACUAUAAUAGAUAUGACUGCUUCUCUUUCAAAUCUUUCUGGUUAGAUAAGCUUUACUCAAACUCUAAACCUAGUCUUGACAAAAAUAUUUGAAAAAGAAGCCGUUUGGGCCAUUAUUUCAACAAUGUUGGAUGAUGUUGGCCCAACAAUGUUGGAUCCGUUUAAACAGGGCUUUAUAUUAUUAUUACAUAUUAUUGUGUUUAUAUUAGCUUGCAGUAUCUGGAUAUAAUCUGGCUUACCGGGUGGUGUGGUUAGUCAUCCCGAAUAAGCUGAGUCGCUCCCAAAGGGAUGGACCAUUAUUUUACUGUAAAACAUCAGUAAAUAACAUGCAUGAACCAACACGUUUUAGUUUUACUUCAUAAAUCAUGAAAACUAUUGCAAAUUAUACACAAAAACUUCACACAGAAAACUAUUUAAAUGUUGCUUAAUUACUUUCUCAAAUGUGGAAUGUUUAAAUUAAUCCCUUGAACACAUUUUAGGUUUUUACAAGUUAGAAACUACCUCCCCUACGAUAGAGGUAUUGAUUAAGUUUAAUAUAAGAAUCUUGAAAUUGUUUACAAAAUAGUGUAUAAUUCCAUUCAAUGAUUGCCAUGAAAUAGUGAGUUAUAUGCUGGAGGAUUAUGGAGGUAAUUGUUGCCUUGGUAUGGGGUAUUCUGUGGAUACAUUUGGUGGCCACUGCUGGUGUCUAAUUGAGGUGCACUGGGGGUUUCGAGAGGUUGAUAGGUAGUGUUGUGUAGUGGAUUCUGGAACUGAUUCUGUGCUCCAUUCUGGAAUUCCUGAGGGUAGUAAGUAGAAUUGGGGGGUUGAUAAGCAAUGUCAUUGGUUUGUGGUGUUUGGCCAGGUUGAUUUUGACCUGUAGUUUCAUUUUGACCUGUAGUUUCAUGGUAUGUUGGAUUGGCAAUGCCGGAAAACUGGGUGUUUGGUUGUGGUGUCUGAACGCCUUGCCCUUGCCCUUGGUAUCGAGUGUUGAGUAGAGGUACAGUUCCCGCUUGACUUGUAUUUGCUGCUCGCUUCCUUUUGAUAUUCCACAACACGAUCAGUAAUACUCCAACAGCAAUAAGGAAUACAACUAGACUUGCAGUGAUAACAGCAAUCAGCCAUGGUGGGAAAGACUUCGUACAUCUGUGAUCCGAAUUACAAGUCUCGCCCGGGCCACCGCAAUCAUCGCUUGUACCACAAGAUUUUCCAAUACAGUCUGCACUACACUCGCUCAGCUCAUACCACUGUUUUUUCUUACAACAAUACUGUCCGGUGCUGCAGUUUGAGUUUGUUGUACAUCCCGAGCAACCCUGAUCAACACAUUUGUUAGAAAUACAGCAUUCAUUGGCUGCCCCACAGUCAUCGGUCGUGCUGCAUAGCUUGCCAACACAAGUUUGAGCACAACCAGUCUCUCUACUCCAGCCCCAGGACGUUGUUGUGUCUGCCUUCCUGCAACAAUAUUGAUCUGAAUUACACUCUGAAUUCGACUUACACUUGUCGCUACAACCUGUGCUGGUACACUUUCCCGAUCGACAACACUCUCCAUACUUAGCACAGUCGUCGUUUGAGUUGCAAGCUUUGUUGAUACAAUUCGCAGCACACACAGUUUGAUCGAAAGGAAAUGUCUUCUUGCAACAGACAUGGCUUCGGCUUGUAUCGCAGUCUGUAUUUUCGGUACAUCCUGAACAACCCUUGUUGACACAUUCGUUAGAACGGCAACACAUUGAUGAAUCGCCACAAUCACUGUCGCUUGAGCAAUAGUGAUACAGACACGAAUCGGCGUACGUGCAACUGCGCUGAGUAUCGCUUCCUGAAUGAUAGUAAUUACCACCGCAGCACUUCAUUGAUUGAGAAUAAUAGUAGCUCUUGCAAUCCGCGUUGGUUUUACAUUGGUCGCAUUGAACAAGACUAAUACUGUUGCAAACCAAUACACUGAAAGCAAUCACGAUAACACGAUAAUUUGCCAUCAUGAACGAUUUGUCACUUCAGUUGAGUGAGAAAGAUCGAAAGCACAAAGCCGUUUCGAAGACUGUGUCAUUUCCUAGACAAAGCUUAUUUACAUAAUUUCUCAGAUGACGUCAAUAUUUCGAAAACGAAAGUAAAUCAUGAAAACUAUUGCAAUUAAAUUACACACAAAAAGUUCACACAAAAAAAACUAUUUAAGCGUUGCUUAACUACUUUGUCAAAUGUAAAAUUUUAAUCUCUUGAAUACAAUCUAGGUUUUUAGAAGUUAGAAACUACCUCCCCUACAACAGAGUUUUUGAUUAAGUUUAAUAUAAGAAUCUUGAAAUUGUUUACAAAAUAGUGUGUGAAUCCAUUCAAUGAUUGCCAUGAAAUAGUGGGCUAUAUGCUGGGGGACUAUGGAGGUAAUUGUUGCCUUGGUAAGGGGUAUUCUGUGGAUACAUUUGCUGGCCACCACUGCUGGUGUCUAAUUGAGGUGCACUGGGGGUUUCGAGAGGUUGAUAGGCAGUGUUGUGUGGUGGAUUGUGGAACUGAUUCUGCGCUCCAUUCUGGAAUUCCUGAGGGUAGUAAGUAGAAUUGGGGGGUUGAUAAGCAACGUCGUUGGUUUGUGGCGUUUGGCCAGGUUGAUUUUGACUUGUAGUUUCAUGGUAUGUUGGAUUGGUAGCACCAGAAAACUGGGUGUUUGGUUGUGGUGUCUGAACGCCUUGGUAUUGAGUGUUGAGUAGAGGCACAGUUCCCGCUUGACUUGCAUUUGCUGCUCGCUUGCUCUUGAUAUACCAAAACACGGCUAGUAAUACUCCAACAGCAAUAAGGAAUACAACUAGACUUGCAGUGAUAACAGCAAUCAGCCAUGAUGGGAGAGGCAUAUUCGUGGAUUUAUUCACAGGCGUAGUCGUCGGUUUAUUUGCAGGCAUAUUCAUACAUCUGUGAUCCGAAUCACAAGUCUCACCUGGGCCACCGCAAUCAUUGCUUGUACCACAAGAUUUUCCAAUACAGUCCGCACUACACUCGCUCAGCUCGUACCACUGUUUUUUCUUACAACAAUACUGUCCGGUACUGCAGUUUGAGUUUGUUGUACAUCCCGAGCAACCCUGAUCAACACAUUUGUUAGAAAUACAGCAUUCAUUGGCUGCCCCACAGUCAUUGGUCGUGCUGCAUAGCUUGCCAACACAAGUUUGAGCACAACCAGUCUCUGUCUUCAAGCUGGCCCAGGACGUUGUUGUGUCUGCCUUCCUGCAACAAUAUUGAUCUGAAUUACACUCUGAAUUCGACUUACACUUGUCGCUACAACCUGUGCUGGUACACUUCCCUGAUCGGCAACACUCUCCACUCCCAGCACAGUCGUCGUUCGAGUUGCAAGCUUUGUUGAUACAUUUCUCAGCGCACACAGUUUGAUCGAGAGGAAAUGUCUUCUUGCAACAGACAUGGCUUAGGCUUGUAUCGCAGUCUGUAUUUUUGGUACAUCCUGAACAACCCUUGUUGACACAUUCGUUAGAACGGCAACACAUUGAUGAAUCGCCACAAUCACUGUCGCUUGAGCAAUAGUGAUACAGACACGAAUCGGCGUACGUGCAACUUCGCUGAGUAUCGCUUAGAGAAUGAAAGUAAUAACCACCACAGCACUUUGAUUGAGAAUAAUAGUAGUUCUUGCAAUCCGCGUUGGUUUUACAUUCGUCGCAUUGAACAAGACUAACAUUGUUGCAAACCAUUACACUGAAAGCAAUCACGAUAACACGAUAAUUCGCCAUCAGAAAGAUCGAAAGUACAAAGCCGUUCUAAGAAGACUACAUCAUUUCCUAGACAAAACCUCUAUUUACAUAAUUUGUCAGAUGACGUCAAUAUUUCGAAAACGAAAUUAAGGACUGCACUCUUAACACACUCUGCAGGGCCGGUUGUUCAAAGGUGGAUUAGCACUAACUCUGGGUUAAAAUUUAAUCUGCUGUUUCAGUUUAUGUAUUUCUGCAAGUCUGUUUAUUUUAAAACUUCAUGAUCACAGAGGAGAACUCCUACUGAUUCAGACAAGAUCUCUGAAGAAAUAUUUCCAAAUUUAUAAACAAGUUCUUGGGAAGUUUGCUUUGAAUUUUAAGUUAACCAAGGGUUACGCAACCGGCCCCUGCAGGUUAUUAAAAUUCCUGGCUAAACAUUCUGGUUAACCUAGAAAUAACCCUGUUUGGGUAACUUAAUACACCUGGUUAUUUUAACCUUUUCCGGCUGGUUAUUUUAACCUAUUGCCUAGUUGAUUUGACCAGGACUUACUGGUUAAAUUAACUUGACCAUGUUAGAUGGACGGGCCCUGAUCCAACAUCUUGUCCAACAUCAUCUUAAAUAGAUCCAACAACCGGUUGCCUCAGGAUCAACCGAAGGACUCCCGACGUUUUAUCUAAAAACUCUGACGUUUCGUCAUGGGCGUACCGGAAGGAAAAAAUUAGGGGGCGGAAAGAAAAUUGCCCAACUUUUCGGGAUUCUGCCCGAUUAGUACCAAAAAUUGUUUUCCGGAAAAAUUAUUUUGGCGACCUUCCCCCCCCCCACCCCCCCGUCGCCAAAAAUUUUUCGGUCAGUGUACCAUUUUAGGGGUCAAAAAAAUUUUCCGGACAUACAAUUUUUUCCCAACAUAACACAAAUUUUCGAAAAAUCGCAAAAUUGGCCACAAAAUUAACUUGAUUUUAGACAAAAUUGACAUAAUUUGUCCAAUUUUUUUUAUUGCAAACCAAAAUUGCCCGACUGUUGAUCGAAUAUUGCCCGACUGCUACCGCCCCCCGCCCGGUACGCCUAUGCGUUUCGUCGUUCGAGCUAAAGGCCGUUUUCCACUUCGCCCGUACCGAAACGUACUGCCUACUGGUGAGCAUGAUAAAUUGACGUAAUUCCGGGUGUAUUCUCGUAUUUUGAAAUUUUAAAAUUUUUUGAUACGUUUCGGUACGGUACGCUUGAAGUCGACAAAACGUUUCUUCGGAAGACAUUUUCUAAUAAGGCUCUGACCAAUUUUGCUCUGACCUAUUCUUUGCAUCUUCAGUGAUCGCUCCUGAAUGCUCUAAAUUUCAAUCAGAGAUAACGUUAUUUGUGUUGGUUUUAGGAAACAACACAUCACUUCUUGUCAGGAUCAAUGUACAACAUCCUAAAAUGAUGCCUGAAUGUCACCUCAUGGGAGCAGACAGUAGUCAGUAUUAUCAAUUACACUCUAGAAAAUCCCUAGUUAAUGUAAAAUUAACACUGUACGAUUGCGGAUUGGGGUAAUUUGUUGUUCCUGGUUAAAUUUCCUGCUUAAUUUAACCACAGUAUUAUUGGGUUUCACUAGGGCAUUAUGCAGUGAAUCUGAUGGGGGCUCAACCUCAAAUGUAUUGAUGCUUAUGCUGUACUGGAGUGAGAAAAUGAUACGAAAUUCCAUGUAUUUGCCACCAAACACAAGGCUAAUACAUAAAACGAACAAUCGACUCACACUGAUAACUGUGUCUUGUUUUAGAGCUGACCCCCCGUCACUUUUGUUGUGACGUCAUAUGAAACCCAAGAAUUGGUUGAUCACUAUCGUGGCUAAUUUAACCCGGAUUCCUGGUUAAUUUAACCGGGCUAUAUGGUUGAAUUGACCAGAUUAUGUUAGAUGGAUUAUUAACCUGGAAUUAUUGGUUAAUAGAAUAGUUAACAUAUUAAAUCAACUCCCUAACACAAUCAACUCUACGAAGGCACGGGGGACGAGGUUGCUCAUGCCUCGGUCAAACGAGAGCAAGAAUUGCAUGAAAGUUGAUGAGACCGCACAUGCAGCGAAAAUUCUCGUCAAUUCUCAUCAAAAUUUGAACGAGCUCAAAGUUGAUGAGAAUGUAUGAGAGUUGGCGGUCAACUCACGAUUAUCAAUUCUCGUCAUCAUGAGACCUCGUUUGACUGGGCAUUAAUAAAAAAAACAACGGGUGUGAACGUUGUCUUAUGAAGACAAAAGAGCUUAUGUAAUAUUACUAUAUAUAUAUUUUUUAUUCUUAGUCGUAAUGAAACUAAGAGAAAACAUGAACAAGAAUCUUCAUCAAUGGUGAAUUUUUAACUAACAUAAUUUUGGUAUAACAUAAUUUAUGGUAAUGCGGCAAAGUACAGUAUUUUAAAUAAAUAAAAAAUUGCCUUUCUCUUGCAUUGUUAGGGACCCUGAAAUACCAGUUCUGGAGAACUUAGAAAAGCUGUUAGAAACCAAAUUCCCUUCGCGUCAAACAACUAAGAAAGAGGUAUAUGCAUGUAUACUUGCAAUUUAGCAUGACAAGUAUAAAUACGAAAAUAUUGUUUGGUGGCACCAUUAACACCAUGUGAUUGGCCAAUACAAAUUUUCCGCGGGAAAAAAAUUUUGAAGUUGAAAAUUUUCAACUUUUAACAAUGGUAAAUUUUCAACUUUUAACAAUGGUUUCAACUGUUUCAGUAACUGAUAGAGCUAUAUCCAUCGGUAAAUUUGAGUGAAAUAAGACUGAAUUGAUGUUCUCUCUCCCUAGGACUUCAGUCUAGAAUGUGGUAUAUGUUACGCAUACAGACUGGAUAAUGCAAUCCCAGAGAGUGCAUGUGAUGAUCCUCGCUGUGGACAACCUUUCCAUACAAGCUGCCUGUAUGAGGUGAGUACACGUGUCUGUAAUGGAUUCUUCAUUACGUGUGUCUGGGGUUUGUUUCGUACACACGCGCAACGGUUGUUACAGAUCUGAAAACAAGUUGUAACAAGGUUGCAGGGACGUCGCGAAGGCAUCAACAUUUUUGUCGUCAUGUUUUGACUAACAUUUCCUCACAUUUCCUAGGAUUUUGACCAAGUUUGACCAGGGUGGGGGGAGGUCGUGGUAAAAAAAAAAUUCGGACUAACAUAAGCAUAGUCAAAAAAUUUUUCGGACUAACAUAAUCAUAGUCAAAUUCGAAAUUUUUUCGACCGAUAUAAGCAACGCUUCCAUUUUUUUCACCGCAAACAUAACAAAAGCUUUAAAAUUGUUAAAAUUACGAACCAUUUCAUAACUUUCGGCAAAUUCGACCAUCUUUUAUCCCAAACUUUGACCAAAUUUUUCCCAGUUUUACCUUUACCUAUCAGUUCCAUUUUGACCAACUUUAGGCAAAUAUCACUUCCAUUUUGACCAACUUUGACCAACGUUUGAAUUAAUGGGGCGGGGGUGUUCCCCCCACACCCCCCCCCCCCCUAUAGCGACGUCCCUGCAAGGUUGUUGUCAACCCAAAAUCAGAAUAUGUACGCACUGCUUGUUUCCGGUUGUUGUGACAAGUCUGGAACAAGUUGUUAUCACCUUGUGACAAGGUUGAUGACGGUAAUAUUCUGCUUUAGGCCCAAAGCUUAAUCCCUCCGAAACAAGGUUCCCCACCCCCAUCAAAUCUGACUGUAUCCAUCCCUAGAUAGUGAAGUUUUGAUUUGUUCUUUCACAUGCAUCCAUUGAAGAAUAUAUUUAAUGUUAUUUAUAGUGGCUACGAGCAUUGCCCUCAAGCAGACAAAGUUUUAACAUAAUUUUUGGAGAAUGUCCUUAUUGCAAUAAGGUAAUUUUGCAAAAAGUACAAUUUGACCGUUAAUGUGCAAUGAUUGGUCACCUUAUUAAAUAGCUUCGUGUGGCAAGAAAAGCGGCUAAUACCCUAAUGACCUGUAGCUAAUAACGGUGUGGUUUCGAGUACAAUUACAUUACAACUUACUCAUUUGAAUAGUACUUUAGUUUUCUUUCCGUAUAUUUGAAUUGCUUUAUUCCUUUUGUGCAGCCAAUCACUGUGAAGGUCAAAUGAAAACUACGCCAGAAGAGAUGGGCACAACAACGUAUAAAAUUUCGCGUAUUAGAACUUAGAUUUUUCCAAGUUAGACUAAAAGGUUUUUUUCUAAAAAGUGGCCACUUUUUUGAAUUUUGAAAAAGUGUUCAUGCAAAAUUGGUAAAAAUGGUAAGAAUGGAAAGACUAACUAGGUUUGCCGAAAGUAAUUCAAGUAAUGGGGCAGUAAUAAACUGGUGGUAACUGAUAAUAAAGUAUUCCAU